UGUUCAGCGGGACUAACAUGGCCUCGCGUAGGGCUCGAGCCGUCUGCACGCUCGCGCGGGUCACCUCGGGUGUCACGGAAGAUGGCGGCACAGACAGACAGAGGAAUCCGGCUUAGUGCGCUUAGUCCAAACUACCUGCAUUCAAACUCCACCAGCCAUACUUGGUCCUUCAGUGCUAUUGCUGAGCUGAUUGACAAUGCUUAUGACCCAGAUGUCACUGCUAAGCAGUUCUGGAUUGAUAAAACCAUGAUCAAAGGCCAGGACUGCCUUACCUUCACGGAUAAUGGAGCAGGCAUGGACUACGAUAAGAUGUACAAAAUGCUCAGUUUUGGGUUCAACGAUAAGCAGACGGUGAAUGGCCAUGUCCCUGUGGGCAUCUAUGGUAAUGGUUUUAAGUCGGGCUCCAUGCGCUUAGGGAAGGAUGCCAUCGUAUUCUCAAAGAAUGAAGACAGUAUGUGUGUGGGACUGCUGUCGCAGACCUACUUGGAGCAGAUAAAAGCAGAGCACAUCAUAGUGCCUAUCACCAUGUUCGUAUACACUGGGAAGACCAGUGUCCCUGUUCCGGAGCAUGCGGCAAGCCUGCAGGAUAUCCUUCGCUACUCGCUGUUUCAGACUGUGGAUCAGCUGCUGUGUGAGCUCAAAGCCAUCAACAGCCCAAGUUCAACGAACUCCACAGGAACCCGCAUCAUCAUCUGGAACCUCCGCAAGAGUUCAUCGGAACAGUUGGAAUUUGACUUCUCAUCUGAUCGCUAUGAUAUCCGAAUCCCAGCUGAUGUAUAUGAAAGCAGCAAGAAGCAGUACAAAAAGCCAGAGCAUGUAAUGCAGUCAGGGCCUGAGACUGACUACUCACUGCGGGCAUACUGCAGUGUUCUCUACCUGAAACCCAGAAUGCACAUAAUCAUUCGAGGACAGAAGGUGAAAACUGAGCUCAUCUCCAAAAGUCUUGCAUACAUCUUCAAGGACAAGUACAGACCAAAAAUACCAAACAUUAAAAAGCCCAUUCCAAUCACUUUUGGUUACAACACCAAGAGCAAAGAGCAGUAUGGCAUCAUGAUGUAUCACAAAAACCGCCUCAUCAAAGCCUAUGAGCGAGUCGCGUGUCAGCUGAAGGCAAACAACAUUGGAGUGGGAGUCAUUGGUGUGAUAGAGUGCAACUUUCUCAAGCCAACUCACAACAAACAAGACUUUGACUACACAGAGGAAUACAGGAAAACUAUGUACAAUCUAAACAUCAAACUUGAAGACUAUUGGAAAGAGGUCCAUCAUAGAUUCCAGAAAAAAUCAGGUGUCCUUAUAGAGGAUACUCCGAAGCGGCCAGACCAAAACUGGGUGCAGUGUGAUGAAUGCCUGAAGUGGAGGAAACUUCCAGAUGGAAUCGAUACUAAAAAACUCCCUGAAAAAUGGUUCUGCCACUUGAACCUUGACCCUCAGUUCAGGAGCUGUUUAGUUCCAGAGGAACCUGAGGAUUCUGAUAACGAAGAAGUGUACCAGAAAACAUACAAACAGCAUAACAGAAUUAAGAAAUUGAUGCAGGCACAAAGUAGACAACAGACCACUUCACCCAGGUCACCCGCCAAAGCUACACCCAACUCCACACGCAACUCCAGCCAUCUCAGACUUGCAGAUUCCAGAUUUUCUGAUAGCAUGCCAGUCAUCUCCAGUGUGACAUCUCUUUCCACUACUCCAUCUAGAGUGAAGAGAUCCUUGGACCUGAGCGCAAAGACGAGUGUGGAAAAGAGACCCAGGCUGUUCAGUGGCACGACCCCAGGCAGCCCUUCGCCAUCCACAGCCUCACAAGAGGCCUGUGCUUCACCAUCUGUGUUUAUGUCUGAUGAUUCUGAUGGUGGAACAGAUGCCCAGAAAGGAGCAUCAGCUGAUAAUGAUGAUGAUAUUUUUGUCAUUGAGAGUAACAGCACACCUAAGCCCAGUCUGUCAAACUUUGACUUUUCCAUUGUGAAGUCAGAAAGGUGUAAUGAUGACAUUGACAUGGAUACCUCAGUGGCAACGGAGAAUACUGUAGCAGCUACUCUGCCCCCUCCUGGUGGACAAGCCUGUUCCACAACCCAGACAGAGCCAAUGCAAGUCAUGAAACAGGAAGUGGAGCAUUCGGAAGGGAAGGAGGAGGUGGAGAGGGGUACCUGUCAAUCAGAAACAGAACAAGGUCUUCUUCCUCUGGAGAGGAGUACAAAUCAAGAACAGGAGAUAAAGAGCGUAACAAGCUUGGGGAAAGAAAAUGGAGACGUGAAUGAGAGUCACAGUACCAGUGAGGUCACUGACCAGACCCUGGACAGCUGCACAGUGAAGUUGGAGCUACAAGAGGACGAACCAAGAUGUCACCAGAUGUCACAGCUCCUCGAGGCCACCACCCGGGAGCGAGACGAGUACCAGGCACAAGUCCACCUCCUGACCUCCCGGGUGGAGGAGCUCGAGAGCAGCCUCCAGGAACAGACGGAGAAGGCAGGGAAGAAGCAGGAGAGCGAGCAGGAGUAUAAGGCGCUCUACCUGCAGGCACAGGGAGAGAUGGAGCAGUUCCGACAUGAGCUUGAAAAGCUGAAAAGGGAGAAGGCCCAGGCAGGGGUGGUGAAUAAGGGGGAGGGUCAGGAGGGUGGUGCAGGAGAAGGAGCACAAAGUGAUGGAGGUACAGCAGUGCCAGAUGUGGAUGAUGAGCUGGCAUGUCAGGUGGACUUUCUGAUGAGGGAACUGGACCAAAGAACCAAGCAGAAAGAAGAGCUGGAGAACAGGUUGAAAAAUCUAAAGGAUGAGAACAGCUUUUUGCUGACUUGCUGUGAAGGCCUGCAGAAAGAUUUAGAAGAAAUGAAUAGAGACAGAGAAAGAGUGAGAUUAAGUGUAGAAGAUGGAGGGUCUCAGACAGACUUCCCUCAUCACAACCAAGCCGAUAACAGAAUGGCUCCAGCAGGACCUUCCAACCCAGGAAGAGCCUCACAGGGUGACCCACAGGGAGGACCAGAGACUGAGAGUAGACAAGGAGACACCACACAGACAUGCAACCUCAGGUUAAGGGAACUCAGGAAGAAUGUUGCACAUCUUCUGGUCAAUUAUGUACCUGCUCUGGACCUUCAACAAGUGAACUUCGAUUGCGAUGUCAUUGAUGAGAUUCUCGCUCAGGUUUUAGAUGUGAUCUCUUCUCCUCUGGCAGAAGGACAGAGCUCCUAAAGCACAGUCGGUGUAUUCAAGUACAAGCACUGGUCACCUGUUUAUAAAUAGGAUAAAUCUGCACUCAACGUGUACAAAGUAAGAUGGGUAAGAUAUUCUUUUAUUAAGCACUGUUUAGAUAUUGACUGACAUUGACACAUACACAAUAUUUUACUCUGUAUAGUUUUUAUUUCCUUGUUUUAUGUAAUGUGUUUAAAAAAUGACCACUGAAUGGAUGUUUCAUUCAACAAUCCUUAAAUUCCAGGGCUUUUUUUUUUUUACUGAUAUUGCUCUUUUUCAGUUAGAGUUGUUGGGGAAUGUCUUAAAAUCUUAAAAUGCUCUGUUUACACUGUCUACCCCUUUUUAACUUUACAAAUCAGUAAUGCUUUUUAUCAGUUUUCACAUUUUUUUUCCCAUUGUUCUUAAUUGCCAAUCAAGCCUGGUAAUUGGUCAAACUACUCAUUAUGUUGAUUUCAGAUUGAAAUUGAGUAAAACUAAAUGGAGUGUAAACAGUAUUUUGAUGCUUGUAUUGACCAAUAUAUUACAUUAUAAGUGUAAAAUGUAUAAAAAUGAAUAAUUGUGGUAUGCGAAACUAUGGACUCAUUGAUUUGUUGCAAUGGUUUCUUCCAUGUUGAUGUGUAAAUUGUAGUCCUUUCUUUGCUAAGUAUGACUGUUAUAUGUUUUGUGGUGUGCUUCCAAUAAGGGUCUUUCUUACAGGUUUUCUCAGGUUUUUCUAUGUGUAGCUCAUAUUGUUUCUUCAGUUUUGCAAUGUUCGAUAUGAUGUACUGAUUUACUCUGUAAAGGUUUUAUUAUAAAAGAGUAUUUGAUAUUUAACCAGAGGCAUAGAUUGUUUUUAAACUCUCAGAAUGUAAAACUGCUACAAUAAUUGUGUCAAAAUUUGACUUAAAUUUCACUGUAGCUUUUGACGUUACCAUUAAAAUGGAAUAAAACACCUGUGAUGCUUCCUGUACCUUUACUAAAUUAUUUAAAUGUUAGAAAUAUUCAUCUACUACUUUUGAAUAUACUUUAUGAAGCUCUAAUGGCAUAGGAUAUUAUACAUCUUAUGUGUAUAUGUACAAUUAUAAAACUCCUCAACCGGUGUACUUUAUUUUUGAAUUAUGUUUUCUUAUGUUGAUAAUGUCUAUGCAUCAAAUACUACUUUUUCUGAUCUCUAAUCCCUGAUAACUCUUUAUGCAAUUUAGCAGACUUCAAGUUAUUCUUGUGAUUUUCUAACUGGUCUUUACAAUAAACCUGACUGAACGUUGGUUUUAUCUUCAAAACUGCCUUUACAUUAUACAUUGGAGGAAGAUUAAGUCAUGAUUAAGUCAUUUGUCAGUACUUUGCAUAUGAUACCUCCUGCAACUUGGUAUCUUUCAUUAUGAAGAGCUGCCCCCCCACACACACACACAUACACA